GCAGAAUGCAUGUCGAUAGACGUCAUUUGGUUUUAAUGGCCUACAGGAAAUUUGGCGUUACAAUUCGGGACAUUAGCGAGGGAGAGGAAGGACAGGAAAAAUCUCUGCCUGAAAACUAUUGAAGAAUAUCUGUAAAUGCAACAUCUUUUUAUUUAUAUACACUUUAUCAACAAGUUAUAGGCUACUGCGCCUGAAUAAUCGCUUUAGAAGUAGAGAGCAGGGAAGAGAGAAUGAGAGAUAGAGAAGGAGAGGAAGCAUGCCCUGUUUUACUUAUUUAGAGAAUGAAAAUGUAUGCCUUGCUGAAAAUGCCUAGGGAAAUAUUACAUCAGACGAAAUGACAAUGAUUAAAAUCUGAAUUUUUUCCUUCUCUAAGUCUAUUGAGCGACGUGACACUUGCCUGAUACUGAACAGCGUCAAACCGUUAUCCCCUGCAAACCCGAACUUUAAACCGUUACGAGCGCUGAUCUAUUUUUACUUUGGCGGAAAAUACGAAAAACAUAACACUAAUGACUUGGUGUUAUCGUUGUCACCGUCUUGGGAACAGUGAGAGAAUAUCACGUUUUCAUCUUAAAAAUUAGCCUGGGCGCAGAGCAGGGCUGAGCUAAUUGUAGCCUAAUCCUUGCCCCAGAGGCGUUUGGGCAGCCCGGAGCAAGAAUUCUUUUUUAGCUCGGCUCUCUUAUUUAGAGACGGAUUAUUGGCUUUCUUCUUCUCAUAACAGACCCGGCAGAUUCAUUUUAGCAAAAAGACGGUCAAGAAGCUAAAAUACGCAGCAGGAUCCGACCAGACGAAAUAUAGUAUUUAGAAAUAAGAACAGAAAAGGGGGAAGGAGAGAUCUCUUCUAUGUUCAAGGAAGAGAAUAGAUAGGCUCGUCUCAAGGAAUGCUUGUGUAUUGGAUCGCACUAGUUUAAGGAAACUUGGGGCAUUUGAAAGGGAGAACGCAACCUUCAACUGGCACCGAUUGAAUCUGGCUGGGAUAUCUUCGGACUCCUACAAUGUUUGAAACGGAAGGAAGAAGCAUGUCACGUCUGUCUUUGACCCGGUCCCCGGUAUCUCCUCUGGCUUCGCAAGGGAUCCCACUCCCGGCGCAGCUCACUAAAGCGAAUGCACCGGUGCACAUUGACGUUGGUGGACACAUGUACACCAGUAGUCUGGCCACUCUUACCAAAUACCCAGACUCCAGAAUCAGCCGGCUGUUUAAUGGCACGGAGCCUAUUGUCCUGGACAGCUUGAAGCAGCACUACUUCAUCGAUCGGGACGGCGAGAUCUUCCGGUACAUUCUCAGCUUCCUCAGGACCUGCAAGCUGCUCCUACCUGAUGACUUCAAGGACUUCCACCUGCUGUACGAAGAGGCGCGCUACUACCAGCUGUCUCCCAUGAUCAAGGAGCUGGAGCGCUGGAAGCAGGAGCGGGACCAGCGUCGGGCGCAGCCUUGCGACUGCCUGGUGGUGCGCGUCACGCCCGACCUGGGCGAGCGCAUCGCCCUCAGCGGCGAGAAGGUGCUCAUCGAGGAGAUCUUCCCCGAGACGGGCGACGUCAUGUGCAACUCGGUCAACGCCGGCUGGAAUCAGGACCCCACACACGUCAUCCGUUUCCCGCUCAACGGAUAUUGCAGGCUCAACUCUGUGCAGGUUCUGGAGCGGCUGUUCCAGAAAGGUUUCAGUGUGGCGGCAUCCUGUGGCGGUGGCGUGGACUCCUCCCAGUUCAGCGAGUACGUCCUGUGUCGCGAGGACCGCCGCAGCCAGUGCAUGAACACCCCCAUCAGGAUAAAACAGGAGCCCCUGGACUAGGGCACGCUGGGGAAACGAGACUGACCACGCAGGGGGCACGAGAUCGCACCCCUGCCCCCUGACCUCCCCUAUCCCCAGCCCCUUAACCUCACCCACCCAGCUGACCCCCUCCUACCGGAACUCCCCUGCUCAACCAAACGCAAACUAGCCCUCCGUUCUCCUCCAGAAACUUUCCCAGACUCAAACCACCUGAGGGCUCCCAGACUCCUCAGAAGCACACAAGCUCUGUGGAGCGCCCUUCUACAACACGGAAUGUAAUCUUAACAGCCGAGACGUCAACAUCAACACAGACAAACAAACAGAAGAAAAUCAUCACAGAGAGACCAAGAAAAGGCAGAAGUCUGAUUUUGACCAGAUUUUACAACCCAAAGAAAACGCGCGCCACACACACACACACACACACACACACACACACACACACACACACACACACACACACACACACACAUGUGCACGGAGACGCCGCAGAAAUUGUGAAUAAAGUGGACAGAGGCAGGAGCACUCUGGGAAUUGUUCUGGCCCCUUUUUUCUUUUCUCAUCAUGGACUAUGGUGCCCAAAAAGGUGCCUGUCUGGGUAGGAGUGGCACAGGAGACCCCCCCCCCCCCACGAUGUGUCUGUGGGGCAUCUUCCAGUACUCAUGUGCUGUGUGAGCCCUACGUGUGUGUACAUGCGCUCCGUGCAGCGGCACGUUGUCAGGGCAACACAGGGGGGUCUCCUGGACCCUCUCUCUCCGGAACAUUGGACACGUGGCACAGCUGGCAGAGGGACCAAGGUCGAUGCCAAGAGGCGGGUGCGGAGCUGUGUGGCACAGGCAUGCCAGUCCGCCUCAUGCCCACAGCCCCACAGCCAACGGCCCACUGGGCAGCGCUGCCAGCGGGUAGGCUACUAACUCAGAGCCUCUCUCUCCGUUAAAACCAGGACCUCUGACAUUUUCUCUGUUUGUCCGUUUCAUUCUUAUUGUCCUUUAUAUAUAUAUAUAUAAAUAUACACAUUUGCUCCUUUUUUCUCGUCUUGAUCACGGCCAAUGAUGGACAAGGGUAUUAACAAUAGGAUUCCUGGGGCUUUUUUUUAUUUUUUCUUCCAAAAUCAUAAUUAUUAUUAUAUUGUUGUUGUUAUUAUUUCACAUAUGAAGGAUGGCUGAGAGCUGUAUUCAGAAGUCGUUAGGGUUUGAAAGCUUCAGAAGGCGCUCGCUGGCAUCGGCUGCAGAAGCACUAUUAUGUCUGGAGGCAACAUGGCAGAAGCAGUCUGGCUGAUGAUGCUCUGUAAGCCCUGAGAGGGCCCCUUUGUUUCAAAUGAAGCUGCAAAGGAGCAUGGGUAUUACUCUGUCGUCUUGGGGAGAGGGAAAGGGAGACAAUGGAGCGAGAGAGAGAGGUGAAAAGAGUGUUGCGCUGCAGUCAUUAUAAUUAGCCUUAAAACUUAUCUUUAAACAUUUCGAGAUUCACAUCUAUUGUGUUAAAAGGACGAAUCAUGAUUUGGCGGUUCAAAAAGAUACAAAUGAUGAAUUAUGGAUUCAACAUUUUUGAAUGGAGGUAGAAUAUUGUAUAUAAUGGUCCUAAUGUGAUAACAGCUGAAGACCAGAAUGUGUGUACCCCAGUUCAUGACUUGAGAACCAGCAUUGAAAGCUGAAACCAGUGAUAUCUGAAAAAAAGGAUUGUGUUGAAAUGUUAAUAUUUAUGCUCAUGUACCAAGUUUUGCACUUAAAACACAAACCUAAACAUCUAAGCAAAAUGUCAUCUGCCAAAAUCUGCUAGUGCCAAAAUACAUGAAAGAAAGCCGCAAAGCUACAGUGUCUCAGAUCUGGGCCCGAUUCAGAGAAGUGCUCCACGGUUCUUCACCUGGAGAUUAGCUUUAUUUUUAAUUUUGGUAGUCGAUAAAAAGAUGCCAUACAACACCCACCAUCACUGCGAUUUUCGUUUAAAAAUCUAAACCUUUGGACUGAAACUGUACCAAGACAACUACAUGCAGCUAAUUUCAUCAGAUUUAAAUAGUGACCUUGGACAAUUAGUGUUAAGUGGUCAGAAUUUCAAAGUUUUAAACGCUAUUUCAUUUCAAGGUUAUAUAAAGGUCACCCAGACUGCUCUUAAAAAUCACACAUCUUCUUUUGUGUUUGCUUUUUUGUAUUGUUUUUUUUUUUUUUUUUUUUUUUUUGCUGUCUGCAGUAAUUUCAAAGAUGUGGUUGUUGCAAUAGCAUGCCAAGCAUUGAGAAGAACCUGAAAGGAAUUUCCAAGAGCAGCAUCAGAUCUCGUCUGAAGAAAUAGUGAGGUCCUUCACUUGGAAUCCAAUCAUCUUAUUCUUAACAUUGCUGGAUCAAAGGAGUUAUACAAAAGAGAGAGAGAAAGACAGACAGAGAGAGAGAGAGAGAGAGAGAAAGGCAUAACGAAAAGAAAGUUCUGUUCUCUUUGUAUUGGUAUAACUUACACAUGCUGUUUCUUCCAUUCCAAACUGACCGGAUCAAACGGAGGCCAAGUGUGACACUCCCUGGACAAAGACAGUUCUUAUGUAGGCCUUAGAUUAUUAAAUGUUUCUGACUGCUCGUAUAAGGGGGGGUUACACAGUGCCAACCGGUGGUAUUUGCUAAAUGUAAUGGCCUCCUGUGUGGGCUUGUUUAACAGUGGGACUAACACAGCUCGGUCCACAUCCUAACUGGGGUGGUGCUGGGACCAGACCUCUAAUCAGCACGCUCUUUGUUGUGGGCUGUUUCUCCACUGGCCCUUUGCAUGGAGUUACCACAAAGAGAAUGGCCAACCAUCCCUUUCAUGUUCGCUGUGAAUAUGUGUGUGUGUGUGUGUGUGUGUGUGUGUGUGUGAGUGAGAGCUUCAGAGUAAACCCCUCAGACUCCAAGCUCAGCAGUGCCAGUGGAGACAUAGCGUGUGCCCCCUGCUGUGGCCUGGCAUCUUGCACACACACACACACACACACGGACACACUCUCACUAUUCAAAUACUCCCAUCAGUUCUCCACCCUAGCAACGAACCCCAGCUGGCCACAGUGGCACUGGACUGGUCUGUCUCCAUAAUCUGGCCAGCAAAACACCAUCCCCCUUUGUAACGUAAUCACGCGCACCAAACCUGCGCGUCGAUGGCUUCACUCUUCACCUGUUGCGACGUCAGGUGAUUGCAAUCCCACAGUGCACCAUAGGUGGAUGACUUCACUCUUCACCUGUGACGAUGUCACUGUCUGCACCACAGGCUGAUUGUUAUCCCACAGUGCACUGCGAGUGGAUGGCUUCACUCUUCACCUGUCGUGACGUCACAGUCUGCUGAUGCCAAUCCCACAAUGCAGUGCGAGUAGACGGCUUCACUCGUCACCCGUCUCACCUGCCGCGACAUCACUUUCGGCACCACAGGCUGAUCGCAAUCCCACAGUGCACCUGUGAUAUCUGAAGUAUGCCCAUUGUGUGCAAUAUCUGUGCGUUGGCUUGCAAAGCAAAGCAAAUGGAAAGGUUUGCCAUGCAGCUCUGAGUGAGGGGAUACAGCACUCCGUUCUGAUGCGGUUCAUGUUAGGUCAGACCAGGCGGCGGUGAGCAGCUUCUUCACCAGGCUGCUGAUGACGAUAAUGAUUAUGAUGAUGUACAGUCGUUUGUAUAGUAAAGGGAUCAGGACCAGGGGUGUGUUCUUCAUUUUCUGAGUUUACCAGAGGGGAAAAAAUAAGAGAACACCAUGUCCCUGCUAAGUCCUCAUCUUCUUAAAAAUAAUAAUAAAAAAAAGGAAAUUCACAUUUUCAAGCAAUAUGUUGUGUACAUAUGAUUAAAAAAAAGACACAUUUCAGAAAGGUAUACGAAGGUACAAAAUGUUAAUUAUUUAAUAUGUUUUAAUAAUUAGACUGUGGUAUUAAAAGGGCAUGUGUUCAUUUGCAGUGUCUCCAUCCUUUGGUUUUACUUACAUAUUUGCGAUAAUAAACGGAUGUACUGUUUAUCUGA